UUAAACUAGCGAAAACGGGUCAGCUGUCAUAUGGAUAUUGCUCAACAUAUUGAUAAUGUAAACUUUAAUUUACAAUUAUUGAGUUUUUUUUAUUGUUAGCUAAGAAACAAACUAAAAUUAAAAUGGAAAGUGUUGUUGAUGAUUCGGGUGUACGUUUUUCUCCGAGGGAAACAAAAAGUAAAGCUUUUUGCAGUGUGUAUGGAUGUAAGAGUAAAGCUUGUAGGGAUUCAGAUGUCAGAUUUCAUCUUUUUCCUAAAAAAAACAAUUUCAUAAAAAUUAUAAAUACGUUCGGUGAAGAAGAAAAAGUAGACUGCCGAAAAAUGUGGCAAAUUGUGUUAAAAAUUGGUAAAAAUGUUACCGAUAACAUGCAAGUUUGUUCUUUGCAUUUUAAACAGUCCGAUUAUUUUUCACCAGAUUUAAGCUCCAAAGGCAAACGAAGAUUAAAACAAAAUGCAGUUCCUUCAUGUAAUUUACCUUCUACAGACAAGACACCAAGAUUAAUCACCAACAAAAAUACUGACAGAGAGACAAGAAGAUUACGAAGAGAUAAGAGUAGGAAUGAAGUAUUGCCAGCUAGUCAGCUUAGUUGUCAAGAUCAGGAUGUGUUAGAUACUAAUAACUUAGAUACUAAUAAUUUGACAGAGGAACCGGAUGACCAAGGAGAAAGUAGUUCCAUCAGUUUAGUUCAAGAUACACCUCUGCUUACAGAAAAUGACCAAAUUUUGGCUACAAAACGCCUGGUUGAUAUUGGUGUUCAGAUUAAAAGCGGGGAUUUAAUCACAGAUUUUUGUGAUAUUUUAAAAAUUGAAAAAGAGCUCAACACACUAACUGAUUGCACUGAAAUAUUUAUCCAAAGACCGAAAAAUCUAUGCUGUCAACAAGCAAGUUAUUCUCGGUACAAAAGUACUUACACAAUAAAAUUUAUGACUGGAGUAACUCCUGGAGGAAUAAUAUCAUUUAUUAGUGAAAUGUACGGAGGAAGAGUUUCAGAUGAUGCGAUAUUUGAACAAUCCAAAAUAUUAAAUUAUCUAGAAAAAGGUGAAGCAAUAAUGGUUGAUAAAGGGUUUCGAGUUGAUAAAUUAUGCAAGGAAAAAGAUAUUAAGCUUAUAAGGCCUCCAUUUAAGAAAGAGCAGCUUCAAUUUACCAGAGAAGAAUCACGAUUGAACGCUAAAAUAGCGAGAGCUCGUGUACACGUGGAACGUUCUAAUCAACGACUCAAAGUCUUUAAAGUUUUAGGUUCGCGAAUGCCAAUUGGUUUAGUGAAGAAAGGCAAAGAAAUUUUAACAAUAAUUGGUGCAGUUGUCAAUUUAAGUUCUCCGAUUUUGAAAGAUGAUAAAUUUUUGUCUGAAAAGGAAUAA